UUUGACGCUUUAGUAGAAAACGCGGUUGUCAGUUCAAGGGUAUACAUAAAGGCAGUAGAGCGUGCUGUCGUCGGCCGUGCUAGUAAUUUUUGGGCCACGAUCGUGCCGGUGCCAGUCCUUUCUCAUUACGAGAAUCCGAUUGGUAGAGUGAGAAACGUGCGCCAAUCGCAAGAGAGUGUCCGUAAAAUUCGUAGAUCUGUUUGUUUAGAAUCUUUUCUCUCUCUCUCUCUACCCAACGCUCGCAAGCAACACGAACAAACCUGUUGUUGUUGGCGCUACCACGCAUGCGCAGAAUCUUUCUCGUUUGACAAGAGAUAGGCUGCGUUCGGAAACAUCACCCGAGUACACACGGGUAUACUCCCUUCUCCUUCUAACUCGCUGAGAUAGAAAGAGAAGGGAGUAUAAUCGGGUGCACUCGGGUGACGUUUCCGAACACAGCCAUACCACCUCCGCUGCACGUGACCACGCGGGCAAUAAAUUCGAAGUAUUCGAACCCGGUCGACCGCAUUUGUUUGGUGAUAGUCAUCCAGGACGGACAAACUUCGCUUUCUUGGGCCGGCCAGUCUUCCGUUUUAACUUGGAGUCUUGGAGGAUUCUAGAUUCUACGACGAGCUCAUAAAAUCAGUCAACAUGCUUUGGUCAUUGGUGAUGCAGUCGCACAAGAAGUACUCGCAGCGGGUGGAAGAGCCGUUCCACGUGACCAUGGCGAGUCUGGACAUCACGAAGACCGGUAAGAUAUAUCAAGAUGAUCCUGUAACACAAGUAAUGGUGGUUUUUGGCGGGAAUACAACGAGAUAUCUGCUUUGCUCUUUAAGCAAGAAGAACGUGUGGCAAGUACCGCUCAACUUACACAUGGAAAAGGGAACUUUUAUAACACUUUCAUGCAACGGCGGAGGUUACGUACACUUAACUGGGUAUUACAAAAAUCCGAAGUUAAGCGAUCCGAGCGCUGUGAUAUCGAAAGUUAUAUCUGCGCAUAUACAUGAAGGCCUAAAUACUAUAGACGACACAAAGGACUAUUUGAAACAGAACCGUGAGAAAGUGGAAUACCAAAGAAUAAUACACGGAUCCUGGCUGGUACAAAAGAUAAAUGCAGAAGAAGAAAACCAAGAAAAUGGAAGAAAAACCAAGUCGAAAAGAAAAGCAAAUUCUCAGGAAGACCAGGCAGCAAAGCGCACGAAACCGUCGGCUAACUCCAAUGAGAAUCGCAGUAAUGAUGAUAAUUGUGAUCAGAAUAUAGAAAAUUUAGGAAAACUUAUUGAGAAUAAUAAUUAUUGCGCUGAACAUGGGGACAACUCCGAUUGCGAUGAGAACGAGGGCGACUCAGAUUACGAUGAGGAAGAGGACGAGUCUGAUUACGAUGGUUAUUCCAGUAGCUUUUAUAGUAAUACUACUUAUAUGUCAACAUCAUCAGGCAGUGAUAAUGAUGAAAUCAAGAUGCAAAGUGAAGAGGACACAUCUCAAGGGGAAGAAAAAAAUGAAAAACAGAAGCAAGAGAAGAAAGUAACCGGAGAAGAAGCUGUCGAGAAACAGAAAGAUAAGAAGAGAAAGAAACGGGAGCAGCGAGGAAGUAAUAAAUGGGUUUUGUCGAGUGGUGUACGAGUGAAACGGCUAAAACCUGGCACCGGCAAAGUCGCGGAAGUGGGCAAAUUUGUCACAAUUUAUUAUUUGGCUUGUUUCAUGCUUGGGGUUGAAGUAACAGAGCUCAAUCAUUGCUUAGAUGGACGUGGCUUCAGAUUUAAACUCGGUACGGGUUAUGUGCCCCACGGUGUGGAUGAAGGAAUAGUUGGAAUGAAAGUUGGCGAAAAACGUCGUCUUCUAAUACCACCGAGAAUGAUAGGAAAAAUUUUACGAUCUGGAGGCGCUAAACUACGUGUCCCUCCUUGUUCCACACUUGUAUAUGACGUCGAACUUAUAAAAAUCGAGUAAAUAUUAAUAAUCUAGAUAAUUCUUGUAAAUAGUUUAAGGAUCUUUUUUUAAAUACGUUUCUCACGACUACUACCUCAAUAGGAUAAGAGACAUUUUUUUAUCUUGUGUUUUAAUCUUAUUUACGUAAAGGCAAGAAAUAUUUUUUUAGGAAAGCGAAUAAAACAAGAAAAAAGAAAACGUUUUAUAUAAAAUUAUCUAUAUGUUUCUUGAUACUAAUAGCCGUUGCACAAUGCUAGGCAAUAGCGGUAGGCGAUAGCGAUAGCGUCAAAAUACAAAUAUAUCGUAGACUCGAAACAUUUUAAAACUGGAAACGCGUGUCUCAGCAUAAAUCUGAAUGCUGAUUAGUUGGCUAUAAGGCGAUAGAUACAGAAUUCAUCAGAAAUUUCAUCGCUAUCGUCGCGUUGUGCAACGGCCAUAACUUGGUAUUAACUAUCGACGUAUCUGCUUUUUGUAUCUCAAAAAAUAUUUGUCAAGUCUAAAGAUUAUCAUAUAUAAUUUAUAAAGUAAAUAAAUAUUUUUAAGUUCCUAUAGAUUUUAGUCAAUCAUCGAUAAGAUAGCGUUUAUGAGAAUUGUUCAGAAUAAAUGAUCAUGAUUAUUAAUUGGUAAACUCUUAAAUUAUUGAAGAGAUAAUAAACAUCGACUGUCUCAAUGAUAUUUUUGUAAAUAUCACUGAUUACCUCAUGAUGUAACAUUAAAUUUACAAUUUAUCUUUAUGGAUGUUUAAUAAAUUAAUAUUUCUCUAUAAUGCAAUUAGAUUGUAGAACCGUUCUUUUUCUAUAGUUACCAUUCAUAUGGACAGUACAACAUGGACAAUAGCAAUUAAAUGCAAAUUUAAAUAAAGUACUUCACAUUGUAGAUAAAUAUACAUAUAAAACAUCCAAGUAAUAAGUCAUAAAUUUAAUGUCAUAGAUUGACCGUUAAAACUUUGGCAGUCACAGGAAGGUUGAUAACAGAAGAUUGAUCUUGGUGUUUAGUAUUAAGUAAACUAUGUUUAUAAAUCUUCAAUAGUAAUAUGUUAUUUUGAUAUUUUAACACGCGCAUUUUCUAGAAUUUCUAUUGCUCCAAAUUACAUAUUAGAGCAUUAAAGCAGUAUGAAAGUAAAAUGCAUAACAGUUUAUAUACAUUAUAUAUUUAUUAUAUUAUACAUGAAAUGAUUAUGUUCCGUUGAAUGAAUCUGUCAUAUGUGCAUACGUAUAUGUAACAAAAAUUUUUUGCAAACUGCACAACCAAUAGUCUUCAUACAAUUCAAUAUGUGCUAAUACACUAACAGAAUAUAUAUAUAUUACCACGUACAGAAUUACAUAAUUUAAUUAAUCGAAAUAAGCGAGAUUACUUAUUUCUUAGUCCAAUCAUAUGCAAAUUGAUCAAUGUCCUACGCGAUUCCCAGACAUGUCAGUAGAAUAUAUUCAAACUACAAACUUUUGAUUGUUCAACAAAAUGUAAGUGUCCAAGUAAUAAGUACAUGUCGAUUGAGCAAACCGUGUGUCCCGGCGAAAAGACUGCUCCUCGUUCGCUUUUCUUUACCGGGUUGCUUUUUUCUUUCCACGACAGGGUACACGUCUCGUUGUUGCUUUCCUUUAUCAAAUCUGGACACGGUUGAUCCU